UAUAUAUCCAGCCGAGAAAGGCUAUGAGUCAGUUUGUAAUCUGCCCCCACACACCUCUGCUAUGUCCCUUGUGAAGUUCAAAGAGUUGGGGGAAGAGGAGACCAACUGGGAAGAGGAGAACCUGGACAGUGUCAAGGCCUUGACAGCCAAGCUGAAGUUGCAAACACGCCGUCCUUCCUACCUGGAGUGGAAGGCCCGAGUGCAGAGCCCAUCCUGGAAAAACAGCCUGAAGGAUGGAGCCCUCCAAACCUUGAAAGAAAAACAGGUUGGAGAGGUAGAGGAAGGAUCCCAGACCCAGGAGCAACUGAAGACCAUUUGUGGGUUCCCCACUAUUGAUGAUGCCUUGGAAUGGCUCCGGGUGGAGCUGCGGGAGAUGCAGGCCCUGGAUCACCAGUUGGCCCGGCAACUGAUGGGCCUGCGUGGCCAGAUUCACCGGCUGAAGGUGGAACAGGCCUGCCACCAACACAAGGAGAUGCUGGACGAUGCCACCUUUGGGCUUGAGGACUGUGAAGAGGACUCUGACCUGCUAUGUAACAUUCCACCCAAAGCGGCCUUCCUGCUCUCCAUGCCCCUCAAACACAUUGGGGUCACACGCAUGAAUAUCAACUCACGCCGUUUCUCCCUUUGCUGAGGGGCUGGCUGUGUCCCAGCCUAGGCCUUGCUUUGGCCCUCACGUGCUUUGAAAAAGAACAGGCAUUUCUUCCAGGGUUUCUUCUCCAGCCAAAUCACCCAGGUGACUGUCAGGGAUAGCAUGAGACAGAGGGCCUUGAUGCGCGGCAGGGGUUUUGCUCCCUUUCAGCCACAGGAAGCAACUAGCAUCUCUUCCUAGGACUGGGCCAGAAUCAGUCAGGUCCAAACCAAAUUUUUGCAGCACUGCUUGAGGUGACAAAAUAACUUGACAUGGGCCUGCCCCCUUUCCACUGAAGGCCUGCAUUAAGCAAUGGGGCCAGGGGACAAGACUUUGGGGCGAUUAAUAGCUUGAAAGCUGUCAGUUGAUUACAAUUGGAUCCUGCCCUGAACAGGAUCUGUUAAGCAGAUGUCCAUGAUGGGUGCAUUAAGCAUUACAGUGAAUAACACAACCUCUGCAACAAGGCAGGAAAAUUGAAUAAAUGUCUGCUCUGCUGUGGUGUUGUAAAAACUGGAAUUUCCCCUGGGACCUGAAAGGCUUUAUGUAUGGCAGGUAGGAAGGAGGGGGUGGGGGCUUUUUGGCAAAUGUGCUGUGUUCUGUUUUGUGCCUCGUUUUGCUGGGGUCAUUUGAUGACUUUGCAAGAACCCCCAAGACAGCCAAGUAUUUUGCUUUAGCUGCUGGUACUUGCCUUCUCAACUUGUAGACAGAUUGCUCCUGAUGUUUAGGUGGAUUCUCUUUUCCUUCACUUUGAACCCAUUGCUCCUGGUCCUAGCCUCUGGAGCCACAGAAAACAAGCUUGCUCCCUCUUUGACACGACAUCCCUUCAAAUA